AGUGAGUCUCAUCAGUUGGCAAGCAGGAUUCGGUGUCUCUGGGUUCAGGAAUCCUCGGGCAGCUGAGGGGACUUGCUCCUCAGUCCCCAUCUCGGACCCUACCCCUGCCACAGCAGGUCCAUGGACUGGGGAAGGCCGUGCCUGAUGGCUUCUGUGUCUGUCCAUGACGGCCUGGAGUCCUGACCCUCCUGGCUAGGUUUCUGCCUUUUCUCUCUGUCUUUGGCCAGCCGGGGAGGGGGUAGAGGCCGUAGCGGCCAGGUGAGCAACAUGGCCCAGAGCAAGAGGCACGUGUAUAGCCGGACGCCCAGCGGUAGCAGAAUGAGUGCAGAGGCAAGUGCCCGGCCUCUCCGCGUGGGCUCCCGUGUGGAGGUGAUUGGGAAAGGGCACCGAGGCACUGUGGCCUAUGUGGGAGCCACACUCUUUGCCACUGGCAAGUGGGUAGGUGUGAUCCUGGAUGAAGCAAAGGGCAAGAAUGAUGGAACUGUCCAAGGCAGGAGAUACUUCACUUGCGAUGAAGGGCAUGGCAUCUUUGUGCGCCAAUCCCAGAUUCAGGUAUUUGAAGAUGGAGCAGAUACUACUUCCCCAGAGACACCUGAUUCUUCUGCCUCAAAGGUCCUCAAAAGAGAGGGAACUGACUCAGCUGCAAAGACCAGCAAACUGCGGGGACUGAAGCCUAAGAAGGCACCGACAGCCCGAAAGACCACAACUCGGCGGCCCAAGCCCACCCGCCCAGCCAGUAGUGCUGGGGUGGCCGGCGCCAGUAGCUCCCUGGGCCCCUCUGGCUCAGCAUCAGCAGGUGAGCUGAGUAGCAGUGAGCCCAGCACUCCAGCUCAGACUCCGCUGGCGGCACCUAUCAUCCCCACGCCGGCCCUCACCUCUCCUGGAGCAGCACCUCCUCUUCCUUCCCCCUCCAAGGAGGAAGAGGGGCUGAGGGCCCAGGUGCGGGACCUGGAGGAGAAACUAGAGACCCUGCGGCUGAAACGGGCAGAGGACAAAGCAAAGCUAAAGGAGCUGGAGAAAUACAAGAUCCAGCUGGAGCAGGUGCAGGAAUGGAAGAGCAAAAUGCAGGAGCAGCAGGCAGACCUGCAGCGGCGCCUCAAGGAGGCGCGGAAGGAAGCCAAGGAGGCACUGGAGGCAAAGGAACGCUACAUGGAGGAGAUGGCUGACACUGCCGACGCCAUCGAGAUGGCCACUCUGGACAAGGAGAUGGCUGAAGAGCGGGCCGAGUCCCUGCAGCAGGAGGUGGAGGCGCUGAAGGAGCGUGUGGACGAGCUCACCACUGACUUGGAGAUCCUCAAGGCUGAGAUUGAAGAGAAGGGCUCCGAUGGGGCUGCGUCCAGUUACCAGCUCAAGCAGUUCGAGGAGCAGAACGCCCGCCUAAAGGAUGCCCUGGUGAGGAUGCGGGAUCUUUCUUCCUCAGAGAAGCAGGAGCAUGUGAAACUCCAGAAGCUCAUGGAAAAGAAGAACCAAGAGCUGGAAGUUGUGAGGCAGCAGCGGGAGCGUCUGCAGGAGGAGCUGAGCCAGGCAGAGAGUACCAUCGAUGAGCUCAAGGAGCAGGUGGAUGCUGCUCUGGGCGCUGAGGAGAUGGUGGAGAUGCUGACAGACCGGAACCUGAAUCUGGAAGAGAAAGUGCGGGAAUUGAGAGAGACGGUGGGGGACUUGGAAGCCAUCAAUGAAAUGAAUGACGAGCUGCAGGAGAAUGCGCGUGAGACAGAACUGGAGCUGCGGGAGCAGCUGGACAUGGCGGGCGCUCGGGUGCGCGAGGCCCAGAAGCGUGUGGAGGCAGCCCAGGAGACGGUUGCAGACUACCAGCAAACCAUCAGGAAGUACCGCCAGCUGACCGCCCACCUACAGGACGUGAAUCGGGAACUGACGAACCAGCAGGAAGCAUCGGUGGAGCGGCAGCAGCAGCCACCCCCAGAGACUUUUGACUUCAAAAUCAAGUUUGCUGAGACUAAGGCCCACGCCAAGGCGAUUGAGAUGGAACUGAGGCAAAUGGAGGUGGCCCAGGCCAACCGGCACAUGUCCCUGCUGACAGCCUUCAUGCCCGACAGCUUCCUGCGGCCCGGCGGGGACCAUGACUGCGUCCUGGUGCUGCUGCUCAUGCCUCGUCUCGUUUGUAAGGCGGAGCUGAUCCGGAAGCAGGCCCAGGAGAAGUUUGAACUAAGCGAGAACUGUUCAGAGCGGCCCGGGCUUCGAGGAGCUGCAGGGGAGCAGCUCAGCUUUGCUGCUGGGCUGGUGUACUCGCUGAGUCUGCUGCAGGCCACACUUCACCGCUACGAGCAUGCCCUCUCUCAGUGCAAUGUGGAUGUGUAUAAGAAGGUGGGCGGCCUCUACCCUGAGAUGAGUGCCCACGAGCGCUCCUUGGACUUCCUCAUUGAGCUGCUGCACAAGGACCAGCUGGAUGAGACCGUCAAUGUCGAACCUCUCACCAAGGCCAUCAAGUACUACCAGCAUCUGUACAGCAUCCACCUUGCCGAACAGCCCGAGGACAGUACCAUGCAGCUGGCCGACCACAUCAAGUUCACCCAGAGUGCCCUGGAUUGCAUGGGCGUGGAGGUGGGACGGCUGCGUGCCUUCUUGCAGGGUGGGCAGGAGGCUUCAGAUAUUGCCCUCCUGCUCCGGGACCUGGAAACAUCGUGCAGUGACAUCCGCCAGUUCUGCAAGAAGAUCCGGAGGCGAAUGCCGGGGACAGAUGCUCCUGGGAUCCCUACUGCACUGGCCUUUGGACCACAGGUGUCCGACACACUCCUAGACUGCAGGAAACACUUGACGUGGGUGGUAGCUGUGCUGCAGGAAGUGGCAGCUGCUGCUGCCCAGCUCAUUGCCCCACUGGCAGAGAAUGAGGGACUGCCCGUGGCUGCCCUGGAGGAACUGGCCUUCAAAGCAAGCGAGCAGAUCUAUGGGACCCCUUCCAGCAGUCCCUACGAGUGUCUGCGCCAGUCGUGCAGCAUCCUCAUCAGCACCAUGAACAAGCUGGCCACAGCCAUGCAGGAAGGAGAGUAUGAUGCAGAGCGGCCCCCCAGCAAGCCGCCUCCUGUCGAGCUGCGGGCUGCAGCCCUUCGUGCGGAGAUCACAGACGCUGAAGGCCUGGGCUUGAAACUUGAAGAUCGAGAGACAGUUAUCAAGGAGUUGAAGAAGUCACUCAAGAUCAAGGGGGAGGAGCUGAGUGAGGCCAACGUGCGGCUGAGCCUCCUGGAGAAGAAGCUGGACAGCGCUGCCAAGGACGCAGACGAGCGCAUUGAGAAAGUCCAGACUCGGCUGGAUGAGACCCAGGCGCUGCUGCGGAAGAAGGAGAAAGAGUUCGAGGAGACGAUGGAUGCGCUGCAGGCUGACAUUGACCAGCUGGAGGCGGAGAAGGCGGAGCUAAAGCAGCGGCUCAGCAGCCAGUCCAAGCGCACCAUCGAGGGUCUCCGGGGGCCCCCUCCCUCGGGUAUUGCUACCCUGGUCUCUGGCAUUGCUGGUGAAGAACAGCAGCGAGGAGGCGCCCCUGGGCAGGCUCUGGGGCCUGUGACAGGCCCGGGGCUGGUGAAGGACUCGCCACUGCUGCUUCAGCAGAUCUCGGCCAUGAGGCUGCACAUCUCCCAGCUCCAGCAUGAGAACAGCGUCCUCAAGGGAGCCCAGAUGAAGGCCUCCUUAGCAUCCCUGCCCCCUCUGCAUGUGGCAAAGCUCUCCCUCCCGCCCCACGAGGGCCCUGGCAGUGAGCUGGCGACUGGAGCGCUCUAUCGAAAGACCAGCCAGCUGCUGGAGAGGUUGAAUCAGCUGAGCACGCACACCCACGUAGUAGAUAUCACGCGUGUGAGCCCUGCUGCCAAGAGCCCAUCAGCCCAGCUCCUGGAGCAAGUGGCUCAGCUCAAGUCCCUAAGCGACACCAUCGAGAAGCUCAAGGAUGAGGUCCUCAAGGAGACUGUAUCGCAGCGCCCUGGAGCCACAGUCCCCACUGACUUCGCCACCUUCCCUUCCUCAGCCUUCCUCAGGGCCAAGGAGGAGCAGCAGGACGACACUGUGUACUUGGGCAAAGUGACCUUCUCGUGUGCGGCUGGCCUCGGACAGCGACACCGGCUGGUGCUGACCCAGGAGCAGCUGCACCAGCUUCACAGUCGCCUCAUCUCCUAAGCGCUCCUUCCCCCACUGGCCCCCCGCCCUCAGCCCUCCUGCUGCCGCUCUGCCCGCCCGAUGCAUGGCCACCUCAGCGGCCCCAGGUAGAAGCGUGUGUGUAAAGCCGUUCUGGCCCCCACGCAGCUUCACUUUGCCUGUCGGUGCCCUGCCCCUUGGUCUGGGUGCCCCUGUUUUCCAGUCCCUGGCCUCUGCCAGAGCUCGCUGUUAGCUGCUCCCUCCUUCCUGGGGGGCCUCAGGGCCUGUGGGACAUAGGCUGAGACCCCACCACCAACGGCUGCGGGAGGUCCACCUGAUUGAGGACAUCACCCUUUGAUUAAAGCAACUUCUGCUUCCGUG